UAAACAGACAUGGAAGCGCCAGGUGAAGACCUCCUUACAGACUGAAUCCGGCAUUUGUUUCUCAGUAACCGCCCUGUGUCUCACUUACCUUGUCUAUCGUAUUGUUAUAUAUCAGCCUGGUGUCACAGUUAGAGCUACAGCAUUCAGAGCCACGGGAUCCUGUCCAGUGUGUGUGUAAGAAAGCAGUCACCCAAACUGAGGAUUGGCUUAUCGGGUUUAAAAUAAGAUCUUGUUUCAUAUUUUGCUGAGCGGAAAGAAUGUCGGAAAAGGCCGAGGAUGACGUCAGGGGGGAGCAGCGCCGAGCGGCCAGGCAGCAGCUGAAGCAGCAGCAGAUCCAGCGGGGAGAAGGCUCCACAGCAAUGGCGACUGUUGCGGAGCGGCGUUCGCUGCCUAGUCCUGAAAUAAUGCUGGGACAGACUUGGAGCAGCUGGGUCGACGCCGCCAAACUCCACGUACACGACGGUGCUGAAUCGGAGGAAAGUUUCAAAGACUUUGGGAAAAAUCGAGAAGCCAUGCGUUUGUGCAGAGAAGACAUGCCCAUAUUUGGUCAGUGUCCCUCACAGGACGACUUCUACCUGGUGAUGUGCAGCCACUGUGGUCAUGUCGUCAAGCCUCAAGCCUUUCAAGCACACUACGAGAGAAGACACGGUUCAACCAGCAAGCCAGCCUCCAUAUCACCCUUCUCUGUGUCGAGCAGAAACCGAAGUGCCGGCAGCGGGCUUGGGUCUGGGCUCGGCUCGGGGACUGUGGCUGGAGUGACGAGUGGAGGCAUCCUUAACCGACCGUCCACUGCCGGCUCCAGUUUAUCAUCCUCUUCAUCAUCCUCCUCCAAUCCAAAAUUUCCCAAAUCAGCCAAAGAGAAACCGCAAGGCAUUCAUCGAAGACCACCGCCCGCCCCUUCCAGAGUGGCCCAGCCUGAUAAACCCUCUGCUGUUAAGGUGGAGAAGGUGCAGCCGAAGGGGGACUCGUCAGCUAAGCAGGUGCAGACUCCAUUUGCCCCUGUCACCACCACCACCACCUCCUCCUCUGCAUCCUCCUCUAACACCACUGUGAGCUUCAAUACUGCCCUCACCGCAGCCUCCUCAUCGUCAAUAUCAUCACCAACCCUUAAACCAGGCCUUAACUGUCCCUCCAUACCAAAGCCUCCAUUACUGGCCUCAGGUCAGAUCCCUUAUGGCAAGAUCCUCCCCGUGGACAAGAAGCAGGAUAGCAGCAGCAGUCCCAGUAGCAGACGCCAUUGUAACAAGAAAGUGUCAGAGCGCGAGUUCAACCCAGACAUUCACUGUGGUGUUAUGGUUGCUAAAGCUCAGAAACCCUGCACAAGAUCCCUAACAUGCAAGACACAUUCCGUAAUUGAUCGAAGGGCGGUGCCAGGACGAAGAAAGCGCUUUGACAUUUUGCUGAAAGAACACAAGGACCGAUCCAUUGUUCAGCAAAACCCCCCUCUCAGGGACCCACACCCCUCCCCCCAGCCCACCACUGUCAACGGACCAGCCCACCAAGAUACCCCGAAGCCUUCGCCGCUUGGAAAGUCCAAAUUUCAGAGUCCUGGUCUUCCUCGAACAAACGUCAGCAAUGCAGGAGGUUCUCCUGGAGAUCCUGCAGCUGCCCACGAGUUGCUGCACCAUCCCCAAACUACCCCCGAUGGUGUUUCCAGACCCUCCAGUGAUGAGGGAGAGAAUGAAGAGCGGGAUGAUAAUGCAGAGAAACUGGACUGUCUAUAUUCAGGUUAUCACCCACGACCGGCAGCUUACUGUACCUUUGGAAGUCGACUAUUCGGGAGAGGUUUUUACUCCUUUGACAGGCGGUGGAACAGAGUACGAUGCGCCCUAACUACAAUGAUGGAGAAGCAUGUGAACUCUCAGAUGUGGAAGAAAAUUCCCUUGGCCUCAGAUAAUUCCUUUUCUGUUGCACCAACCCAUAGGACAAGCACAAACUCCCAUGGUAGCACCCCCUCUUCAGGCUUCCUGGGCCCCCCUGCCACCUUGCCCCAAACUCCUUAUGAGGGCAAGUCAGCACUCUCCUAUGGGACCACCUUAAAUGCUCACAGCUCCCUACAGGGCGGGGCUGAGCACCCGGCCUAUGGUACCACGCAGGCCCGACAAGUGUCUUCGUCGCCGCAGAUGCCUUCAGCCCACUUGUCCUCAUCUUCUUCGGUUCCUUCCCUUUCCUCAGGCCGGACGCUUAAGUCUCGUUCCUCUAGCAGCAACACCACCAAGUCCUCCUCAUCCUUCAGGCCCAAAGAGACGCCCUCUGGCUCCUCCACCCCCGUCACCCCAAACUCUGCCAGUGGAGGAAGCACUGGAGCAAACAGUAGCACCGCUAGCUUUAGCUCGGGUAAAAAGAGGAAGAACAGCUCCAUCCUUUCUUCCUCUCAUGCCUCCUCUGAAUCCUCCAUUUCUAAUUCCAAUUCCUCCUCGUUCAAGAAGAACUGUGCAAAUGUUGGCAGCUCAGGGAGCACCUACCACAGCUCAUUAGGACUGUCAUCGUCAUCUUCAUUAUCCUUCUCUCACAGUGGUGUUCACAGUGUGGGGCUUAGCUGUGGCCCCAGUGUGCGGACCAACUCGCUCAGUCUCAAGGGAGAACCUUCUGGAGGUUCAGCAGGUGGCUCCUCUGGUCCGCCAGCACGAGGUCCACCCUCGGGCAGUCCUGCAGAGUCCAUAAAGCGCAUGAGCGUGGUAAUGAACAGCAGUGACUCGACUCUUUCUCUGGGGCCUUUUGUUCACCACCAGUCCUCAUCGGACCACCACGCCAGCUUUAGCCACCACUCCUCAGAUGGACGCCUGGAGGGCAAGAAGCGCAAAAGCUCCUCAGCUUCCAGUGGCAUUAACAGUGUAGGUGGGGGUCUCGGAGGAGGAGCAGGGGGAGCAGGUGGAACUGGACCAGGUAGACCCAAAGUGGCCAAGUCACCUGCAAUCAACAACAUUCAUGGGAAGCACGGGAGAAGCCUUCCAGGAACGCCAGGUCUACCCAACAACUCCCAUUUACAUCAGCCCAAAGCUCGUCCCUGACAGCAACUUCCCACCUCUGCGUUUGAAAUGGGCAGGCGGACAGAGAAAAGUCCGGAGCAGACUGCAAGCUGUUCUGGACUGCACGAGGCCUUCUGUAAUUAAACACACAUUACUCUCAGCUUCCCACAAUCCUCAGGGUGGAGAUGAUCUGGACUGCCCAGUGAAGUAAAUGUGGUCCUUGCAAUUUCUCCCAAAGCCAUGUGUCUGUGUGUUUAUGUGUGCGAUUUGUGUGUAGAGGCACAGAAUGGAGUCUCGGGGGGGUAGAAUGAUCAAGCCAAUGAUCCCCCCCCCCCAUUUAUCCCAGUUUUCUGAGAGGUCUUCCCUUCUGGUUGGAGGUGAAAAGAGUUAAAAACAGCCACAGGUCUCGUCCUGUGGUACAGGUUAAGGGCUGACGCAACAAGCCGUCAUGAUUCAGAGCAGCUCACGAGACAACAAAACGAUCGCUUCUGUGUACGAGUGCGUGGUUGUGUGUGUCCAAGUUUUUUUUUUCUUCCUCAUGUCAGAUUGUGUUGGAGUUCCUAAUUUAACUACACCCCCAUCACCUGAUCUCAGAAGCCUUGUGAGGAGAGCCGGAGGAGGAACAAAACUGAGAACAGCAACACCUUAA